GUUGACGAACGCGUGUAUACAUGUGACUUACGCGGCCAUCGUAUCCUUAUGUUUCCUAUUAUACACAAAGCAUCAUCGCAUCACAACCUCGACUCCACUAGUCCUCCACAAUAAUCGUCAGUCGCAAAAUCUUACUACUUUCGAAGCCGGACCUGUCUUGGCAAUCACCCAAAGACUACAAGGAGCAUCCAGUGGGCUAUGAAGUAUACUAGGCGCCGGUGUACUUGGUCACUGAAUUGAUAGGAUGACCUGAACCAACUGGAUGUACAUGCUAACGCCACAAGCAUGCACAUGGGCACUCGGUGGGUAUGAAGCCCAGGUCAGGGAUCCAAGUACGGAGCAACGCGCGCAGUGGGUAGACGAUGAAAUCGCAACAUACAAGAACAUGACCACAACUGCAAGAGCAGAAAACUUCUAGGUAUUUGUAAUCC